AUGCAAUAAGAGAUUUAAGGAGAAGAAAAAAAUUAUGAAGUAAAAAUAUAAAUUGAAUAAAACCAUUCGGAGUUGAUUGAGCAAGUGUUGUCAGUUGAUAAUGAAAGUGGGGUAUUAAAAAUGAAUGCGGAUGGGAAUCAAUUGGUGUUAACCUUUUCAAGCAAGGAUGCUAGCAAAGUGGGGUAAACUGUUAAGCAUACAAUCGAUUAAUUAUUGCUUAUUCUUGAGACAAUAAAUUAUACAAAUAAAUGA